AUGGAUCGUAACUUCAGAUCAAAUUCACCAAAUCAUACAAAACCUAUCACUACUCAUUCAGCAGCAGUACCAUCAGCAGCUCAUCCUAGAUUCUUAACUCAAUUCGAACAUCGUUUAGAUAUCGCUCCUUCUCCUUCUCCUCCUCUUCAUUUAUUACCAAACUAUCAUUUACUUCAUCAUCAUCAACAAUCACCUUCUCAUCUAUCUCUAUCAUCUACAUCCGAUCAACUCAAUCCAAGCAUCACAAACUCUUCUACUUCACCUACUCCAACCAUCACAACCACAAACCCAAGUACAACAGCAACAACAGCAACAACAAUACCAACCCAUUCGAUCCUACACCAAUCAUUCAUUCCACAAUCACCAUCACAUCCACAUCAUCAACACAUCUCACCCGAACUAAUCCAACCAAUCCUAGAACCACAUCCCACUAACAUGAGACCACCACCACCACCUAAGAAACGGGACAGGAUCGCAACUGAUCAAUCUAUCAAUCAUCCUAAUCCGAUCAAUACGAAACGACCUACGAAGAAAGAAAAACCUGCACCUGUGACAAUGGUCUAUCGAGGUGUACCGGAUGAGUUAUUGAUUCGUAAUCAUUCACUUAACCCUUCUAUCACAGCUCUUGCACCUCAAACUAUCAUCAAUAGAGCUCAACAAGUUCCUCCUCCUUCGACUAUUGCUCCGAGUUAUAGUCUUUCACAUGCUACAGAAACUAGUCUUAUGAGAAAGAAACAUAACAGGUUACUUGAACUUUGUCGUGAAAGAAAUCUUUUGAGUGAAACUCAUGAAUUAACUAAACGUGAAAUGGUUCAAGCUUUAUUGGGUUGGCGCGAAUACAACAUCAAUCAUCGAAUCAGCAUGUUAUUAUCCGAAACCGAAGAUUCAUCAAUAACCUCAGAAUCCGAUGACCAACACCAUUCAUUUUUCCAAGACAAUGAUCAUCAUCAUCAUCACCAUACAGGACAAACGGCCGAAACAUCCAUUGAAGAUUCCAUUGAUCCUCAAUUAUGUUCACCUGAACAUAAUCCCCAACCGAUUCUUUAUAACUUACGUAACCGAUUGAUUGAAAAGGAUGAAACGAUUAAAAGUUCAUCACCUAAACGACGAAGUCCUAUGCCUGGAGCUUUCUCACCUCAAAGUCAAUUAGCCGAUUACUUAGCUGCAACGGGUAUCGAUCCACCAGUCCAAGUAGCAGUCCAACCGGUCACAGAGGUUAUGCAACAUCCUCCUACGAUCCCAUUACUAGAUCAUCCAACUCAUUCGAAUUCCAAACGAAAGAGUAUCAGAUUAGUAGGCACCAAGAUUGCUUCAAUCGGUCCGAUCUCAAAGAUUAAUAUGUCAGAAGUCAUCAUUGGUGGGACUCAAGGUCCAACUCGACUCUUGAAUGAUACACCGAUUACUGUUAAGAUUGAUCAAACUAAGACUUUGGGACCGAGACCUUCACCACUUUCGCCACCGGCUUCGGUCGAUACUGAUCCGAGCUCGUCGGGCUUGAUCACCAAUCAUCGUACGACUACGACUGGAACGGAUGAUGAAACGGAUGAGACUCAGUCUCCUUCGGCUGGUGAUGAUUUGGAUGUCUUGUUGGAUUUAGAAGAUUUAAAGUUAUCGGAUAAAGAAAUCCCUCCGGAGAAAUUAGCUAGAGAACAGAAAGUGGGAAGUGGUAGUUUUAAAGAUGUUUAUAUGGGAAGGUAUAGGAACUUUAGAGUAGCUAUUUGUGAUUUGAGAGGUAGGUUAACAGAUAUGGAUAUUAAAGAAUUAGGACUCUUACGUGAUUUGAGACAUCCUAAUAUUGUGAGGUUUAUUGGGGUUUCGGUUGGAGGUCAUGUGCCUUGUACUAUCGUUACUGAACUUUGUAGGAAUGGUGAUCUUUAUGAUUAUAUUCGUAAGAUCCCUUGUCCUCCUUUUGUUCAGAUCUUGGCGAUGAUGUUGGAUGCGGCUAGAGGGGUUGAAUAUCUUCAUCAACGUACUCCUUCGAUUAUUCAUCGAGAUUUAAAGAGUCCUAACGUCUUGAUCACAGCUAAUGGAUCGGCUAAGAUUACUGAUUUUGGUUUAGCAAGAGUUAAAAGAGAUGUGAUGUCGAUGUGUGCAACGACUUGUGGAACGUUAAAUUGGCAAGCUCCGGAACUUUGGGUUGCUCAUCCUUCUUAUAAUCAUUCGAUUGAUGUUUAUGCACUUGGAUUGGUUUUUUGGGAAGUAUUGUGUUGGUCAUUUAAAGAAAAAACGUAUCCGUUUCAAGGAAUGAAUGAACAUGCGAUUUUUGCAGAAGUAGGAAAGAAUGGAUUAAGACCAUCUACCAGUCAGAUCAGACGAAAGUGGGGACGAGAGAUUGUAGGAUUGAUUGAAAAGAUGUGGGAUGAUGAUUCGGAUCGACGUCCGUUGAUGCCAGAAGUGGUUAGGUUUCUUUCGGCAAUGCUUUUACAAGAAAGAGAAAAGUCUUGGGUGGUGAGUGGGCCUGGGAGUAGUGGAACUCGGGUAAAUUAGGAUGGGAUGAUGAGGAUGAGGAAUUAGAUGCAGAAAUUAUAGAAGUAUAUAUAAAUGUGUGUGUAUUGAAUGAAUAGAAGAAGUUGAAUAGAUCUGAUUAGAUUAGAAGCAGUUGAUUUACUUGUUUAUAAGGAAACGUUUUUUUGGGAGUUGGAGUUGGAGUUGGAGUUGGAGUUGGAGUUGGAGGUCAUAGAUAGAUAAUAGGGUGUUUAAUGUUUAAUUUGGAAGAAGGAGAUGGGAAUCGGAUCGCUUAGGCUCACAUUGUUUUUCUCUUUUUUUCUUGAUUGAUUUUUUUUCUUCUUUCUUUUAUAUAUAAUGAAAAAAACAACUUAAAUAAAUAUAUACAUAUACCUUGCUUUUGAUUUACUUUUAAAUAUUCUGUGUGUGUGUGUAUGUGUUCUUUUUUAUAUUAGAAAAGUUGUCGUUUUUCACUUUUUAACUUCUUUACUGUUCACUUUUUCACUUUUUCAAUUUUCUGUUAAUUUAACAAUUUCUUUUACUUUCAUUUAAGAUAUAAAAAUUAAAUAAGAAAAAAAGUCAUUUUUUUUUAGAAUCUUUUUAAAUCGUUUUAAAUAUUCAUUCUCAUUCAAUUCAAUGUUUUUCUCAUUUUUUUUGAUUGGUUGUUUAAAGUACUUUUUCUUAUAUAUAUCUACAUCUUUUGUUUUGGUUUAAAUUUUUUUGUUGGAAAUGUGAUUAUUGAAAAAAAAUUAAUGUUG